AAACACAUUGUAGUUGGUUGCCUAGCCUAGUACAAGAUUUCAUUGGCUUUUAUUGUUAAAAAGAUAAAAACUAGAAUUUCAUAUUACAAUGAGAUGUUGCAAACACCCAAGAUUUCCAGGAAUAGGGUUGAUGCAUCAAACUCAUAUUGUGAUGGUGUAAUGGUUCGAUAUCGUUCACUAUUGUAUGUAUUUCUUUGUCCUGCAAGAAUUUAGAAAACUACAACUUGUCGAGUUUGGAAAACAUUAUAUCUGGGUGUCUCUCAUAUUUUGCAGCCUGGUAACUAUCCUCAAUUGACUUUGUUAUUAUAUGUUGGGAUAAUCUUGUGACAACUUAGUUUCUAUUGUAUAGGAGAAUAGGAAAUUCCAAAAAGUUUUCAUUCUUACCUACAAGUUCAAACAGACUGAAACAAAACUGAGACAGGCCAAGGCAAUUAUUUUCAAACUAUACGGUUAAAAGAUGAGGGUUUCGAAACUGCUUUGAACUGUUGGCAGUAGUGUAUAAAAGAUUAAGCAGCAGUCGAGGGAAAUCUUAGUAUUUCUUUAUUUAUAGUUUCCAAACUAUCUAUGAUACUUAUGGCACUUCCAAACUUGUGUAAAGACAAAUAGUGAAAACCGCUAUCAUGUUGACAAGUAAUAAAUAGAAUAGAUGCUCAUGGGGAAAGGGUGGAGCGUUUCCCUAUUUUGAAAGAUAAAUGAUUGUAUGGCGCCCUCUUUAAGUAAACUUUUGGUUUAUCCUUCGGGAGUUUUAGUUCUGGGUACAACUGUUGUUCUCUGUGGUAUGCAAUAUAGUAAGCUGCCACGGGAGGAUAUCCGACUGGGGAAGAUUCUCUCUUUCUCAACAAGUACACCCGUGACACAGACAAACAACCAAGUGCAAGGAGAAGAGGAAUAUUCUAAAGAAUGCGACUGUCUUCCUCUUUGGCAAUGUAUGACAAGUGGCCAAGACGACUGCUCUCGACUAGAACAGGAGUUGAGACUUUGCAUGCAACGCAACAAGAAGCGUUCUGCUCAAGUAUAGAGAAGAACGGUGAAGUGUGAAAAUAAAUAAAGUUGUUCUUAAUUAUUUCUACACGCACCCUCAUUAUCAU